UUCCAACAGUACAGCUGGGAACCAGAGCUAAAGACCAGAAUAAUAGGAUACUAAACUCAUGUCUCAAAGCCAUUAUUAUGUGGUUGUGUGUGUGGCUCUGUGUGUGUUGAUUUGUGUGUGUUGUGUGUAGCAUUGUGUAGUUUUGUGUGUGCAGUUGUUCAUUAGCGGAUGUUCCAGACAUGGCCAGCAUGGCGGUCCAGCUGCUGGGCUUCUUCCUGGGUCUGCUGGGGCUUGUGGGUAGUGUAGUUGCUACAGUGCUCCCCCACUGGCGGCGGACGGCCUAUGUGGGCUCUAACAUCAUCACAGCCACUGCAUACAUGAAGGGGCUCUGGAUGGAGUGUGUGUGGCACAGCACGGGUAUCUACCAGUGUGAAGUACAUCGCUCAAUGCUGGCUCUGCCACCUGACCUGCAAGCGGCACGAGCGUUGAUGUUGCUGUCCUGCCUGACCUCCACCCUGGCAGCCCUCGUGUCCUCUGCAGGGAUGAAGUGUACCCGCUGUGCCCGCGGCUCGUCCAUCAAGCAUGCCCUGGCCAUCAGUGGAGGGGUCUGCUUCCUGUCUGCAGGCAUGCUCUGCCUAAUCACUGUCUGCUGGACAACCAAUGAUGUCAUCCUCGACUUCUACAACCCCAUCCUACCUGAAGGUAUGAAGUAUGAGAUUGGCAUGGCGGUGUAUUUGGGCUACGUCUCGGCCUGUCUUAGUCUGAUGGGAGGGGUGGUGCUCUGUUGGAACUGUGAGGGGCGGCCCAGGAACCCCCUACAUCUACCUCAUCAUCGCCACCCUUGUCCUCCCGUCGUCUUCAAAACUAUAAACACCCCCAACACCCCAGCACCCCCUUACUAUCCCCCUGCCGCCCUGAAAGGGAACUACGCCCCCUCACGCACCUCACUGUCCAGCAAUGGCUACAGACUCAAUGACUACGUCUGAGGGAUGGAGUACACACUCAAUGAAUGCUCCUAGUGUGUAAGUGCAAACACUCAAUGAUUAUGUCUGAGUGUGGCAGAUAAUAGAGACUGAUUGAGGGAAGUUCAAACUCAAUGACUACAAAAUAAAGACUCAAGUUACUUUUAAGUGAGCAAGUACACACUCAUUGACUUUCCAGCAGACCUUCAGAGAGUCUGAAAAAAAUGAUUUCACUGAAAUCACCUCCGCUCUGCCAGGCAGUGUGGUUUACGGUGUUGAUGUUGUUCAGGUUGUGUCCUUCUUCUCUAGGACUGCCCACAGGCUAAUCCUGUAUUACUUAUCCUGUUGACUUUGUAUGUUUACGAUAAGAGCCGAAAAACAUUAACAGGACUUAUUCCUGAUACAAAAAUGAGCUUCCUUCAUAAAGGUCUUUAGGAAAAUGACAGCAGGUAUGAUAAUGGUAAGUCAAGUUUUAUUUCACAUGUAUUAUUUGUUUCCGUUUCAUUGCUCAUAAAUUAAUGGCUGUUGUGAAGCACUUCCUGUCUUUAUAGUUUUAUAGUCUCAUAUUUGUAAACUGCUUUAUACUUAUACUGCUACUUUAAAAUACAAAGUCACCAUGGUGCAACAGACUACGUUUGAGCUUGAAUGUGGUGGUAGGAUGCUCGCUAUGUGCAUUAGCCUAACUGGACUAAAGCACAGAAACUUCUGGGAAAUAUGAUCUGUGCCAGGCCUACGAUGACCACACGGUGGCACCAACAGUCUGUCUAGGAGGUGAGUGGCAUUCACUGUUCAAGAAGGAAAGACUAGCCAAUUGCUUGGCAGAUAUCAAACUUGUUCUCGGUUGAGGACAGGCAGCUUAGAAAAUAGUUUCAUUUAAACACAGUCAAUGUUUAAAUGAAACUGCUUUUCAAAAGGUUCCUAGAAUUUCCAUGAACUAUGUCCAAUCCCUGUAUCAAUAUAUCCAAGUAAAACUCCCUUUAAAAUUGUAUUCAUCUUUUAAACAUUAAUUUUGACUGCCAUUUUAAGUUCACUAAAGGCUAUAUUUGAUCAUUUACACGCAGUCCAUAUCGCAGUCCAAGUCAAUUCAUUAUUGUUGUCUGUCUCCUGUUGCAGGCCCUAUUAGCCACGGCAGGCGCGUGGACAUGUUUAUGAGUUGUUUGUGUAUUCUAAAGCUAUCCAAUUAGAUGUAUCCUCUCUCUGGCAGACCGUCAACAUAAAGCAAGGUAAAUUAGACAGAGCUGUCAGAGGAACAGAUAAGUCAGCUGUCUGGUAGCCUAUUUAUUAAAUUGGUCAACAUGUUCAGUCUAAAUAUAGAAAUGAA